AUGACGGGUGGCAUGGAGUUUAAGCUAAACGGAUUCGUUGUGAAAGUGCAGCCGACGCUGGAGACGGCGGGAGGGAUGACGGAGAUAGUCGCGGGCGCGAAGGAGCGAGCGGAUGAGUUAGAAGCGCAGGUGAAGAGGCAAGGCGAGGCCAUGGCAGCUCUGAAGCGAGAGGUGGACGAAAUGAGGCGCGCGAUGGCGAAGGGGGCGCUGGAGACGAUGGGAGAGGUGGGGAACCACGGCGCUGGCAGUGCCGUGGCGAAAACGGAAGUGGUUCCCCCAGCGCAGCCGGCGCAGCCGGCGCCGAAUGGCGAGGCGCUUAUGCACCUGGUGGAGUCCAUGAUUGCGGCGCGGGUGAAGGACGUGCGGGACGAUCUCGAGUCGCAAGUGAAGGGAUUGAAGGAGCAGCUGGAGGCGGCGAAAUGCGAGGCGAGCGACGCGGCGAGCGAGGCGAAGGCGUUGAGCAAGCGACAGUCGGUGGAGAUAGCUGACGUGCGCGCGACAGCGGCGCACAUUGACGCGCGGAUAAACGACGUGGAGCUCGCGGUGGCGGAGUGGAAGCGGUAUGAAGCGGAGGACCUGGCAUGGGAGCUGGAAUGGCAGGAGGUGAAGACGACGGUAGGGGCGGUGGAAAGCAGAGUGGCGAAGCUGGAGAAGACGAGUGACGAGGGGAAGAAGGUGUGGGAGGCAAUGCUCGCUCUGUGGGCGGCAGCAGUGCCAGGGCAGACUCGAAUGGUCCUCAGCGGCAUCUCCUGCCUCUCAGAUGCUGCUCUCACCCACCUCGCCUCAUUGCGCCACCUCACAUUGGUCGACCUCGGAGCCUCCUCGGGCUUCACAGCAGCAGGGAUGAGGAAGCUGUACUCCCUCACAGGUCUGAACCAUCUGAUAUUUGGGGCCAUCGAUGCAACCGAUGCCGCUCUGGAAGGGAUUGGCCGCCUCACGAACCUGCAGAUUCUUGUGGUUAACAACACCAAUAUCACAGACGCGGGAGUGGCGAGGCUGCAAGAGCUGUCCGGCCUCACGGCACUGUGCAUGGGCGGAUGUAUGGGAGGCUCACACUGGGGCCCAUGGAGUGGCUCACACUGCAUGGUAGUGGAGUGA